GUCAGGCACUCACUCCCUCCCUCGCGUUGAACCCUUGGCAGAAGGCGGCUUCUUCGCACGCGCAGGCGGGGGUCUUCUCUGCUGGGCCGUGCAGGAGGGGGCAGAUUUGCGUGAGCGGGGCUGGAUCCGGCCCAGCCAGCCUCAGUGCGGUGAUGUGAGCCGAAAGCGGCUGUGCGGAAGUUCUUUCAUCCGUGUGCUGCAGGAGGGGUUAGUCUUUCUGCGAUUAUUGUUGCCGCAACUUUGCGCCUAAGGGGGCUAAACAGAAUUAAAAAUAAAGUCCCGCGGAAGAGACGCAGAGCGGGAUAUCUUCUGCGUUCACCUUAGCAACCAUUCCACCGGGAGAAGACCUGCUCCCUUCACAUCAUGCCCAGGCCAAACCACAGUGAACAUGUCCUUCAGCAGCUGAAUAACCAGCGAGAAUGGGGCUUUCUUUGUGACUGCUGCAUAGCCAUUGGGGACAUCUACUUCCGUGCUCAUAAAGCAGUUCUGGCUGCGUGCAGUUCCUAUUUCCGAAUGAUGUUUAUCAAAGAUCAGCAAGUCAUGGCCCGUCUCAACCUGAGCAACUUGCAGAUCAGCGCGGAAUGUUUCGACCUCAUCUUACAGCUGAUGUACCUUGGGAGAAUUGUGGUGGGGCCUUACGAGUUUGAGGAACUGAAGGCUGCCAUGACUUACUUGCAGCUCUAUUAUAUUCCUGAAUCCCUUGAGGAUCUUAAAGACAUCACGGGGGUGAAUCUAGAUGUAUCUUCAUGUGUGGGCCCUGCCAACAGUAAAAUGCUGUUCGGCGUCCGCAUGUAUGAGCAUCAGAGACGGAGCAGCGGAGAAGCAGAACAUGUGCAGCCAGCCAUGAGCUCGACAUCUACAGUGCAAAGCAGCAGCUGCAGCAGCAACGGUAGCAGAGCAAUGGAAGAGAUAACCCUUCCCCUGGUGACUCCCUUGUUGGAUGGCAUGAAUGACCAGCCGUGUGACCUGCGUAAAAAGCCUUCUGGGAAAAGCUCAACCUUCAAAGAGCGCCCCAGAUUUGGACGAACUUACACCUGCGAUGACUGCGGCUUUGUUUUCAGCUGUGAGAAGCUGUUGAUUGAGCACAUCCUAACCUGCACCAACAGAAAGGCAUUUCCAACGGCCAAGCUGGGGACAAGUGGGGAUAACGACUUCAGCAAGACUGAGAGCUCUGCUUCAGAGUCUUCAGAAGAGCAGAGCAUUGUUUAUAAAAUGGACGCGGUCUGGCCGGAGCAGAAACCGGAUGGCGAAAAUCUAAGCGGUGAAACGGUUAUUAAAGCAGUCCGACUGGUAGGAGAUGGCACCCAACCUUUGGUGCGAAGCGGCCUCCUGGUUAAAAGUGAACCAGAGGAAGCGUCUGCCCUGGAUUUGGGAGAUAUUAAAGUGGUUCAGGUUACUGACAACUGCAUGGGUGGCUGCAUUCAGAACGAUGGGUACAAUGUCGAGGCGAAGGAUUGUCAUUUGUACGUAAAAGAGAAGGAAGUCGGUCGUUCCGUGAAGGACGACAGAAGCGGCGACCUCUUUGAAGUUCAGUUAUCGAACAAGGAAAAUAAGGCAAGUUUAAUGCAAAAGCCGUCUGUAAAGGAAGAAACUGCGGAUAUAGCCUGCAUCACUUGCGAGGUGUGUGGCGUAUCCCUUCUGGAGGAAGACCAGUCCUCCCAUUACAUAGCCUGUCACAUGGGCCACAUUUGUGCCUGUGGGAAGUGUGGCCAGAUAUUAAUCAAAGGCAGGCAGUUGCAAGAGCACGCCCAAAACUGUGGCGAAACACAGGAUCUUGAGGCCGAUGUCUUGGUCGAAGAGCCCAUUUGCGAAGAUAAGCCCUCGUUGGAUGACACCGACAUGUUUGACAGUGACAUCAUCAGCUCCUGCCAGAUAUACAAGGAUGGACAAUUCGUCUUCCGCUGUCCGCAUUGUGGCCAACAUUUUGAAAACGAGAAGUCGAUUGUAGACCAUAUCUCCAAGUGCACGGAGCAGGAGCUGCUGAGGAACUCCUUAGUGGAAGAGAGUGAGCGGGACCACCGGAGAAAGCACUUCUGCAGUAUCUGCGGUAAGGGCUUUUACCAGCGAUGCCACCUUCGAGAACAUUAUACCGUCCACACAAGAGAGAAACAGUUCACCUGCCAGACUUGCGGAAAGCAGUUCUUGCGGGAACGCCAACUGCGGCUGCACAACGACAUGCAUAAGGGGAUGGCCCGGUACUUGUGCCCUGUCUGCGACCAAGGGACGUUCCUCAAGCAUGAUCACGUGCGUCACAUGAUCUCGCACCUGUCGGCUGGGGAAACGAUUUGUCAAGUGUGCUUCCAGAUCUUUCCUAACAACGACCAACUGGAGCAGCACAUGGAUGUGCAUCUGUACAUCUGCGGAGUGUGUGGGGAGAAAUUCCGCUUGAGGAAAGACAUGAGGAGUCAUUACAAUACUAAGCACACCAAAAAAUUCUGACCUCGUUGUGCCGCGAGGAACAUUUGGAAACAUUAAAUGUGAAAGAGAAACAAAAAAACAACAAAACUGGAUGUGUUUUGCACAUUCGUGGUAAUCAAGAAUAUCUUUUUUGUUGUAUUUUAACAUAUGACAUCUUGUGCCGAAAGCUUUAAACGGUUGCAACAAAGUGAACUUCUGCCCUGCGACUAUUGUGGUUUUUAAUAAGUAAACUGAGUGGUAGUCCCCUGAGGCUUGGCCUUUAAUUCUUCUUGCGUUGUUGUGUUCAAGUGGCAGCUUGGAUUGUGCUGGUUUUGGUGAUGGCACCCUCAGCGUCACCGCAUCAUCUGGUGUUUGCUAGGAGGGCCCCCCCCCCCCCCCCGAGUGCCGAAAUGUUACUUUAAAAAGUGUCACAAGCUGUCAUUCCUUGGAAUGGCGCAUGUCGGUGCCGUCCCAUUAUAAUUCCCAGCCACGGUGCCAUGUUUAAAAUGACUGUGCAGUUUCAACGGCCAACGCUGCUCCACUGCUGACUCACCUCAGUGUCUUAGCACCUCUAGGGGGCGCUCCUGCUCAGUGCCACCUUCUGUAGAAAAGCCAACGUCAGUGUCGGUGUGUCCUUCUGUGGGUUCUUGCUGAUGUUUGCUGUCAUCUGAGGAACUCCGAGUUGACUUUGCCAGCCCUGUCCUUUUAUUUUAUUUUAUUUUAUUUGUUUGCUGUCUGCUUCUCUUUUCAACAUUUAUGUGCCCUUUCUUGGUAUCAAAAUGAAAUGUUCUUAAUAAAAAUCCAAAAGAGCGUUAGGUGUGAAGCAUUUCU